UUUCAGUGCCCUUUAAUUUAACAUGGCUGCCACACGAGCUCUGCUGAUAUUGCAACUGGUUGCUUGUUUGAUCCUCUCGACUUGGGGAUGUCAAGAUGCCUGCCAGCCAUUUACGGGCUGGAACAACUGCUUCGACAACGGCAUCAAGGAGCCAAAACUGCCGCCCCGCGAUAAUGCCUGCUGCGGACCCCAUUGCGUCUACACGGGUCCGAAUCCUCCGAGUUGUGGUCCCUGCGAUUGCAACCCAAGAACGCGUUGUUUCCUGGACACCCAUUGUACCGCCCUUAUGCCUUUCACCUUUGUCAAUGUGUCCGAUUGUGACCUGAACAAGGCAAAUGAAGAAAGGCAAAAAAAAGGCUUUGCCCGUCUGCUUUCUUUCCCCUGGACUGAGGCAAUUUGCCUGGGCAUGAACAAAAAGUGCGGCAUCAAUUGUUGUUGCCGUGAGAAUUGUCCUACACUGUUUUGUAAAUUUUAAUAUAACCAAUAAAUUCUGUUUUUUUA